AAAGUUGUCCCCAUCACUCAACAGUGUGAUGCAAGAACUGAACUCACUAUCUGUUGUCAAUCUGGGCACUGUAGCUGUCUUAGUGUGCACACUUGCAGUGCACAGUUUUACCUGCUAUAAAGAGAAAAGCAUAUAGAGAGAGGGUUAUAAAGAAGUUAUAUUCAAUUAAUUGCAUAGACAUUUAUAACCUCUAGCAAGGGAUGAGAAUACCUUAACCCAGCGACACAUCCAGCACAAUGGGUAGGACUGGCAUGUUUAGCGCCUCAGACUGGCUCUCUACCAUCAGAGCAGGUCACUUCACAUCCUAUAAAUCCAAGAGAGAAAUCAUCUCUUUAUACACAUUGCUAAGGCUCUGUGAUUUCGUCUACCGCUGGAGUAACAUUGUGACCUUGACUGAAAUAGCUACGGUAUCAACAAUGUCCUACUGUCCUAUACGUCUCCUACUUUAAUUAAUGUCAUCGAUAAUGAAAAGAACAGUGGCCCUCCCUGCUUUAUGAGUGAUAGUCACGCGGCUUUCAGCCUGCGCCGUGCUUCCCGCUACAUGGCUGUCAUGUUAGUACAUCACGCUAUGAAGAAGGAGGACGUUUAGAGUAGUGGACCACACAGCGUAAUCUGCGCAUGGUAAUUACCCUGAUUGAGGAGUACUCAAGAACCUGGCCUCAUUUGAGUGGUCCGCAGUCCUGCAGCCAUCCAGUCUGCCACCUUCACCUUUGAAGAGGGUGCCAAUGCCAACCUAUUAGAAAGGAUUAACUAGAAUUUGCCACCUCACAUAAAGAGGUGAGAACAUCCCAUUGCCAUGGGGAACCAGCUGACCGAGAUAGCCCCCAACACCCCUUUCCUGCAAAACUUCCAGUCCUUGCAUGUGGUGGUGAUUGGCCUGGAUGCGGCUGGCAAAACCUCUCUGCUCUACAGACUGAAACUCAAGGAGUUUGUCAAGACCAUCCCGACCAAGGGCUUUAACACGGAGAAGAUCAAGGUAGCGGUGGGCAGCUCGCGUGCCAUCACCUUCCAGGUCUGGGACGUAGGGGGCCAGGAGAAGCUACGGCCCCUGUGGAAGUCGUACACGAGGCGGACCGAUGGCAUGGUGUUUGUGGUGGACUCCACCGAGACCGAACGUAUGGAGGAGGCCAAGGUGGAGCUUCACAAGAUCACCCGUACCUCGGAGAACCAGGGGGUGCCCGUCCUGGUGCUGGCCAACAAGCAGGACCUGGCCUCGGCUCUGUCUGUGAGCGAGGUGGAGAAGGCCCUGGCUGUCCAUGAACUGAAUGCCUCCACCCUGCACCACGUACAGAGCUGCAGCGCCGUGGAUGGACAGGGCUUACAACAAGGCCUAGAGAAACUCUACGAGAUGAUCCUGAUGAGGAAGAAGAUGGUGAAACACAACAAACAUAGAAAGAGAUAAGCCUUUGGUUGUCCUGAGUUACAGGGAUAUUUAUGUACUGACUAUGUGACUCUUUGAGCGGAAGUCCCGCUCCUUUAAAUAAAAAGGAGGGCUUUUUGGCCAACAAAGGACCAAUUCCAGAUGGCCCAGGGGUCAGGAGAAAUGGAUUUGGCCUUUAUGUGACAUGCAGUAUUGAUACACUGUGUCUUUCAUACCUUGUAUUAGCCACGCAGCUGCCAUUUAGAUGCAAGAAAUACGUAAUAGCCACGACAGGAUGUAGCUGCCUAUGACAUAUUUUAUCACACAAAGUUGGACUCACUUGUUUACACCACAACACUUUAGAAAUAUGAUACUGAACUUUGAACUCUGUACUCUGGAUUUGAACAAAGACACAUUUAUAUGAUAUGAAGCUAAAUGGUAUAGAUAUCAAAUGGGACACCAAGGCUAUUACAGUAUUAUUUAAAAAAAUUAAUUCCAAGUGCAUUGCACUUCCGCCACAGAGUUUCAGUUGGAUUCACAGACUGUUUUCAGAAGUUGUAAAAUGUUUGUAACCCUGAAUAAUUAAUAAAUCAGCAAACUGUAUUAAAUAUA